UCUAACCAGGUGUGUCAGGUUGAUAACUAAAGCGUCCAGCACAGCCCCUAAUUGGUAGCCUGUGGUUAGGACCCUUAAUUCCCACUGGACCCAGUACCACUGGACACACUAUCUGUUGCUCACCACAGUGUCUGGACCAAAUAAAUGAAACCAGAAACAGGUGGCCUCUCCCAAAAGAGUGCCAGGCUCAGAACAUUCUGGUGUGGAGGUGACUUCCCAUGGCUCUCCUCUCUUUUAUUGUCUUCUGGAAGUUUCUCUUCCCUAGAAGUCCUACCAGGCUACUGCUGUGAGCCUGUCUCCUAGCCAAAGGCAUCACAAUGGCUGGGGCUGUCAGCUUACAGCCUUCUGUGACAUCACCAGAGCUCAGCUCUAAGUCCCCAGUCACUCAGGCACCAGGGCAGACAGACCCACCAUGAACAGCUUCCUGCAUUACCUCAGCUCACCAUGUGGAUGCUGAGAUGGUUCCCGUUCCUGCCUCUGUGCCUCUCCUACGCCUGCGCCUUUAUGUUUUCUUCACUGAGGGAGAAACCCAAAGAAAGCCCAGGGAAGGUGCCCUGUGGAGGGCAUUUUCGGAUCAGACAGAAUCUUCCAGACCAUGCCCAAGUCUGGCUUGAGAGCAAAUGGCUCUGGCUUUGUUUCGUCAUUAUGCUGUAUGUGAUAGUGAAGUUUCGAGGAGGAGGGAAAGAGAAGAGUAAGAACCCAACAAGCCUCCGAGGCUGUCAGUUUUGCUCUUCACCAAAGAAAAAUCAAAAUGCUUCCUCCAGAAAAGACUUCACUUUCAAUACCUUAACCCAGCUUGAGAUGGAACUGGUGAAAUUUGUGUCCAAGGUACGGAGUCUUAAAGACUACAUGGCAACUAGAAGUCACUCCAGGCUGCACAGCCCAGAAAUACCCAUGGAUCCACACAAUAAUGUUACAAUAUAUGAGAUCUGGGGAGAGGAAGACGCCGAGUAAAAGAGUUUAUGUGUCAAUUAGGGGAGAGAAAAGUCAAGGA